AAGUUAACGAUGUUCAUUGACGUGCGAUGUGCACAUAAUUGUAGUGCUGCGUACUUGAUGAAAGUUUAUUAAACAGAUGCUAUUUGUUAGAAAUUAACGUGUUAAAUUUUUCUAUUAAACAUGGCGCCGAAUUUCAGUAAAAUCACAAGUAGGACCGAUGUUAAAAUCGCCCUCGCAGCCUCCGCGGCAAUCGGAGCUUGGGCGAUUAAAAACUCGCUCCAAUCAAGUCAAAGUAAACGAGUUAGACCAGGCCGUUUAUCGGCCGAAGAGCAGAUUCAAUAUAUGAUAAAGGAGAGACAUAAAAAGUCACCUAAAGCUCAAGUAGAUGCCAAAUUUUUUGCUGAACUGAAGGCAUUAUGGAAGAUUAUGGUGCCAGGGGUCUGGUCGAAGGAAAGUGGUUUCAUGGCACUGAUCGCCUUGUCCCUGAUAGCGAGGUCCAUGUGCGAUCUGUGGUUGAUCCAGCAUACUACUCUAAUAGAAGGGUCUAUUAUCACAAUGAACAAACAGGACUUCAAAACCAGAUUGCUGCAGUUCUUUGCCGCAAUGCCCAUGAUAUCAUUAGUCAACAAUGUAUUGAAAUGGAGUAUAGGAGAAUGUAAAUUAAGAAUACGGACAAACCUUUCACUAUAUUUAUACCAGCAAUACAUGAAAGGAUUUACAUACUACCAAGUGACGAACCUGGACAACCGGAUAUCGAACGCGGACCAACUGCUCACCACGGACAUAGACAAGUUCUGCGAGACCGUCGUGGAUCUGUACAGCAACAUCAGCAAGCCGAUCCUGGACAUUGGCAUCUACCUGUACAGACUUACCGUUAAUCUGGGCAUCAGUACUCCUGGAAUAAUGAUGGCGUACCUACUGGUGUCAGGAGUGUUCCUGACAUACCUCAGAAAGCCUACAGCUCGUCUCACUGUUCAAGAGCAAAAACUAGAAGGCGAAUUUAGAUACGUAAACUCCAGGCUCAUCACGAAUUCGGAAGAAAUCGCUUUCUAUCAGGGCAACCACCGCGAGCAGCUGACAGUUCUGGCGAGCUUUUACAAGCUGACGCGACACCUGCGGAACUUCCUCAACUUCCGAGUCGCUAUGGGCUUCAUAGACAACAUCAUCGCCAAGUAUGUCGCGAUCACGGUCGGAUUCUACGCGGUGUCGCGUCCUUUCUUCGUCAUGGACCAUAACCUGCUCACUACGGGAACCGACAACGACAGGUUUAAGCACUACUACACGUACGGGCGCAUGCUGGUAAAGAUGGCGGAGGCCAUCGGCCGCCUCGUCCUCUCCGGAAGGGAGUUGAGCAAACUGGCCGGUCUCACGUCGAGAGUCACGCAGCUGCGAACUGUUCUGUCUGACGUGAACCAGGGCAAGUACACCAGGACCAUGGUGGGGCAGAUGGAGAACGGGAACGGCGUAAUGCCGAUGCUGAUGGCACCAGGCGCGGGCCGCAUCAUCUACCAGGACAAGAUCAUCCGCUUCGACCGCGUGCCGCUCGUCACGCCCAAUGGGGACGUGCUCAUCAAGGAGCUCUCCUUUGAAGUAAAAUCAGGAAUAAACGUGCUGGUAUGCGGACCCAACGGAUGCGGCAAAUCAUCCAUGUUCCGUAUGUUGGGUGAAUUGUGGCCCAUCUUCGGGGGCACUCUCACGAAGCCGCCCAAGGGCAAGUUGUUCUACGUGCCGCAGAGACCUUACAUGACCCUCGGGACCCUUAGAGACCAGGUGAUCUAUCCUCAAACUCGCGACGAGAUGGUCCGCCGCGGCCGCACGGACGCUCAGCUGAACAGGUUCCUGGAGAUCGUGCAGCUGGCGUACCUGACGAGCCGCGAGGGCGGCUGGGACGCCGUGGAGGACUGGAUGGACGUGCUGUCCGGCGGCGAGAAGCAGAGAAUAGCUAUGGCCCGUCUGUUCUACCACGAACCGCAGUUUGCCAUCUUAGAUGAGUGCACCAGCGCCGUGUCUGUAGACGUCGAGGGUCAGAUGUACCAAUACUGCAGAGAGAUGGGCAUAUCUCUCUUCACGGUAUCUCACCGCAAAUCUCUAUGGAAGCACCACGACCACUACCUACAGAUGGACGGCCGCGGUGGCUACGUAUUUGAAGAGAUCGACAGCGACACGCAGGAAUUUGGAUCGUGAAAUUUAUUGUAAUGAUGAAACGAUUUGAAAUGGCUUGGCAGUGAAAUGGUGCUUUAGUUGCGAAUGGCAAAUCGUUUUUUUCGACUACUUAAGUCCGCGAAAUCGUUGCAAUAUUCCGACAUACGUACAUAUUUUUAUUCAAAUUAUUGAUUUGAUGAUAAAAGUAUUUUACAGUUUUACUUUCAUAUUAUCGCAGUUUUUUACUAACUGGCAAAGAACUGUAAGUACCUAAUUAUUGUGGCAUCAUGUUUGUAUAUAUAAUAUAUAGCUAUGAAUGUCCUUUUUUAUGUUUUCUUCCGUAUCAUUCUAAGGAAUAGCUUUCUGUUAUAGAUGUUUUGUGCAUAUUUAUGUAAUGUGUGUAUUUCGUGUUUUAGGUAAAUACUAUAAAUAAAUUGCAAACUUUAGCACAAUUUCACACCGACUUUUGAAAGUUCAAAGCUAGUUUACAAUAGGGACCAUAGUGAAUGUUUAUGAAAUAUUAUACAUUAAAAUCAAUGUUGCCAACGUUAUGAAAUAUUUUUCAAUUACGCUAGAUAAAUUCAACGCUUGUUGUAAAUAUAAACAUUAUUUUGAUUAUAGCUAAAUUUAUGACAUAUUAUUGUGCAAUAUUAAGUAAAAUAUUUCUCAAGUUAAUGUAUGCGUACUCAAACAUUUGGAAAAUUUCAUCUAUGUUAAUUUUCAUUACUAUAAGAUUGAGUCAUAUUACGUAGUUAUACUCAAACACACCCAGCUUGUCCGUAGAAAAAGGCGCGAAAUUCAGUUUUUCUAUGGGGGGUCAACUCUCCGCGCCAAUUUUUUUUUAUUUGCCGCCUUAUUCUACUGACAAAUUGGCCGUGCCAGAGUAUAAAUAUAGGGUGGACCAAAAGUCUUUUUAUAUUUACAUACAUCUCUCUCUCUGGUCGUUUCCUCAUGACUGAGGAUCGUGGUCAUCACCAUCUGACCUACAUCUGGAGUGUAUGAUUUGCCUCCAUUUGUUACAUUUACAUACAUAGCUGUAUGUAAAUAUAAAAAGACUUGGUCCACCCUAUGUAUAACUCAAUUUUCUUUGUUUAUUAAAUUAUUAUAUUUUUUGCUUUACUUUAUCUACCUAAUCCGAGAAGGCGGCAGUUUACAGUCUCGAUUAAAAAUAAAUUUAAUUGUAAAUGGAAAUUCCUAACCUCUUACACACCUUGCAACAAAUGCUUGCAAUUUUAGAUAAUUGCUGUUUAGUGGGAGCAACGAAUUCAAUCGAUCGACUAAAUGCCGGAAUGUAUCGCAAAUUGCAUGCGAUUAUCGGUGAGGUUAGGAGAGGCCAUACAUAAUAUGUAAAUAGAUAAUAUGGGGCAUUUUCUAUGAAAAGAGACCUUAUUGUCGAUGGCGCUUACGCCGCACAGCGUCGCGCAGCAUUGUAUUUAUAUCGGAGCAUUGUUAAUAAUGGCGUAAGUGCCAUCGACAAUAAGGGUCCCUUUUUAUAGAAAAUACCACAUAUGUUUGUUUACUUUACGUUUGUAAGAUUGGUCUCAGUCUCAAAAGGUCGCAAAUUAAAUCGAGAACAAUAAAAAAUAAAAAGGUUUCUUCGAAAUUAAUUAUACCCCUUUACCAAGGAGUUCGAGACUACCGUUAUCACACUACCUACCUGAUAAUCUUUCAAAUCCUUUAAUAUAUGUGAUGUUUAAUUGUGAUUUAUUUGUUUACGGAAAAUGACUAAGUGUGUUGUAUGAUUUAUUUAUUUAAUGUUAUACAUGUACCUUUAUCACAGUAAACUAUUAAGUAUUACAGAUGGCAACGCUUUAUCAUUCAAGCAAAGGUAACCAUUGUAAGUUUAUAAUUGAAUGAGAAAAGUGGGAUAUUUAAUAGUGUUCAUUUAGCAUUUUAUGCAAAAUUAUGUUAUGAUCUUGACAAUUUUUUAAAUUUGUCUUGAUUGUUUUUUUUACGAGUUUCUACUGCUCAAUUUUUUAUUUGCCUGCUUUACUAUCGUAAAAAUCCUUUAUUUACAUAGAUUUUUUAAAAUGUAUCUAAUAGAGUUAGUAUCGCUUAGAUACGAAACAAAUGUAUAAAACAAGAUUAAAUCUAAAUUAUAAUUAUAUAUUGUGCACUUAGAGUAUAAGUUACUGUGAUAGUUGUUAAGUAUACGUUUUAUAAUGAUUGGUGCUGAAAUAAAACGGUUGAGGAUA